GAGCAUGAACAUACCAAGUAUGAUGUUAUAUGUUAAAUGUCAUAGAGCGAACAAGAGAACACUGGUUAUAUUAAUGCAUUUAAUGUCCUUUAAUACUGUAAACUGCUCCUCGUAUGAUAAAAGAAUACAGCGCUGUUUUUAUUUUUAUUACAAGUUUUAAAAUUUCUUCCAAGAUUACAGUUGUUCUGUUUUAUAAAUGGCUCCUGGUACAAUCAGGCGCUUUCUCCUCUUUUACGGUGUGUACAUGGAGACUUUAUUACUUGGGAGCGAGUUUAGCUGUGCGGGUGUCCUGUGUGCGCAUGCGCAAGUGGUAAAGCGUGUUGUAGGUCUCUAUGACGACGGGUCUAUUAAACCUUUUAGGGCUGUAGAGGGACUUGAAGCAGAUUAUGGUCACAGGUGUUGCUCCGCAGACUGCCAGGCACUAUGUGGGCCAGAUAGAUGGAGUGAUAGUCACAAACAACCCUGCUGGAUGUGUUCUUUCACCGCCAACAACUCAAUAGAUAUACUACGCAAGAACCUGCUAGUGUGAAGAUUAUGAGUGAGGUGGUUUGUGCAAAGUCCCAAGAGGAAUAUGAGGACGACUUUGAGAAGGAUCUGGACUGGCUGAUCAGUGAGGAGAGCCGGAGUGAGGACCAGAGUGUCCGCCUUUCCACCCCACAGGGUCCCGAAUAUGAGGACAUAGAAGCAGAAAUUGACAAAGAACUGGAGGAGGAGGAGGAGGAACGGCAAGCAAUGAAAAGAAAACCGAAAAGCCACAAGGAAGAGAAGAGAAGCAACAAAACAGAGCUGGAAGAAGAUGAAGAGCGGUGGCCCUCUCCUAUGGAGCCAUUAGAGUAUGACUCAGAUAGAGACAGCCCAAAUAAGUCAUCACCUAUAGUCCCACCUCCUCCUGGGAUGGAUGAGCAGACAGAUGAGGAGAAGAAGUACAUUCUGGAGAAGAUCCAGCAGGCUAAUCGGGAGCUGCGGGACCAGGAGGCCCCAGAUAUGACAAGGCGCAGGCGGUUGCAUUUUAAAGAGAAGCUGGUGGACCUGGUGGUACCUCCACUGCACUUUGAGAAAGAUGGCAACAGUGCUGAGGCGGAAGGGGGACAGGGCAGCAAAGAUAGAGCCAAGGAUUCAGAGGCCGAGCUUGAAGUGUCAGCAAAGCUUUCUGAGCUAAAACUUUCUCCACGGGAGGGAAGUGCAGGAUCUGGAGGAUCUGGCAGGGCUGGAGAGAGCAGUGAGGGAGGGCAGGGGUUAAAAGAGGGCAGAGUCCUUGUAGAAAAAGAUGGGAAGUUUGAUCUAGUCAGCCUGAAAGACGUGGAGAGUCAAGCACUGCUCCCUCCUAUAUCAAACAACUACAGCGACUACUCACGCUCGUCCCCACGUCCCCAGGAGCAGGCUGUGAGCUCCAGUAAGGUGCACAGGUCCUCUUCCUCUCCUCGUUCUCGUGCCUGCUCUUCCACCUUCCAACAUGGCAUUGAACACCUCCGUGCCCCCAGACCUCCAGCUCAGCCCAGGGGCAGGCCCAGCUCAGCCAGCCACAGCCAGAGAGGCAGCCAGAGGAACGGCAGCAAGCGGCGGGUGCAGUCGGCCACCGGGACGCCCUGCCAGGCCACCUACACCCUCUCACCACAGCAGAAAGAGUUGCUGCAGAGGAUCCAGGAGAGAAAGGAGAAGCUGGCCAGAGAGAAAUACCCUUAUUUCCCAUGUCAGGAAGAGCAGAGGAAACAGGAGGAAGACGAGCAGAGGAGGCAGGAGAACGAGCUGGCGUUUAAGGCCUGGGUGAUGAGGAAGAGAGAGCAGUUUCAGGAGGAGAGACGGAUCCACCGAGCUCAGGAGAUGGAGAGGAUGAAUUCUAAGAGAGACACCAGUGACCCAGAGGAGUCCUUCAAGAUGUGGCUUCAGAGGAAGCAGGAGCAGCAGCAGAAAGAGAGACAGCUGGUGGAGAUGAAGAGGCUCGAGGAGGACAGUGGUUACCUCUUACGCAGCCGCGAGGAGUGUGAACGUGCCUUCAAACUGUGGCUGAAGCGGAAGCGAGCAGAGAAGCGGGCCGAGCAGCAGGCGGCUCGAGAGCGCUCCCGCAGGUUGGUGCUUGAGGAGCGACGUGCUCGACGAAUGAGGGACUUGCUGUGUACUGUCAACGAAACCAAGCCAUUCAGAUUCACUGAGCAACUGGCCUACCGCUUCUGAACCAAACAAAUCCAACAUGCCCGCUGAAUUCACCUCACAUGAUGAGAUUAUCUUCAUAAUCUCAUCAUACAGCAGUUUAACCACAGACUGGACGACACAAGACUUGGUGUGGAGCAUAAGACAUUGUUUAUUCAGUUGUUGCUACAGUUUUGUUUGAUACUUUUUAUUUCUGUGCUGUGUUAAAAGACAAAGAAAGUUUACCGCCGUGACCUCCACUCAGUGUGAACAUACCUGGGUGAAAAAUUCAUCAAAAUUCCCUCAAGGUGUGAUACAAUGUAUAGAGUGAAUGAUUUGUUUUUGUUUUUUACUGUAUUUACCUUGUGUAGUGGCAGACGCACUUUACUCUUCUUAAAUACAAGAGCUGAACCAUUAGUUACUGUAUGCCUUUUGUCAGAGCAUUUGGAUAGAUAGAUAUACAAGCAUAUGUUCACUUUUACAACAGGUUACUUUAAUGGAUGAAACUGUAAAAGGAAUGAAAUAUAAUUCUGUAAGAGGAAAAUACUAUUGGUAAAUAUGUUUGAGAGACAUGAAACAGAAUUCUUAAUUUAACAGGCAUUCUUAUAGGAUAGAAGAACUGAAUUACUUUAAUUUCAUGCUGAAUAAUAUGACAUGAAUAAAUAAAACAAACAUACACCAUCAA